AUGGACGCUUCUGGCUCUUCACCAGCGCUUGCCGUCAUGCCAGGGGCUACAAAAAAUUUGAUUUGUUCCCCCGAUCAGCUUUCUGUUGAGCAAAAGAAGGAACUCCGGGCAUACAUUCGCCGCAUCAAGAAAUACACGGACCCCAAUGUUGAGGUUACGAAAGAGGAGAUAAAAACGUUUCUCUCCAUGGUCUUCCAUCAUUGGACAACAGCAGAUGCAAUCCCAGACCCGCCCAGCAAGCACAUACUACACAAGUUUGAGUACCAGGCGGUAGAGAUUGGACUUUUGACAGAAGACGCUCCAAUCCCGCGCGAAUUGCUUAAGCCAGGGAAAACUCACCUGGCUGCCAGCUACCAAACCCCCCCGGAACGGAGGGCCGGAGCCCCCGUAUACAUGCUGGCCGUGGUAACUUACCCGAAUUUAUCUCAGGUCUUUACUCUCGUGGACAGCAGGGCCCGGUAUUUCCCGCAAUCCCGAAUCAAGUUUCAGUACCAUGAGGGCAUGUGUGCGGAUGUUGCGAGUUUCUCAGCCAUGGAGCAGAGUGAUGAAUUUUGUUUUUACCAGGCGCACGGCUACAAUGUUGGUGUAGCGCUCUUCCAUGCUCGUACUAGGAUCGUGGGAUGGGCAGCUGGCUCACCCCUAAGGAAUAGAUCACGAGAAUUGCAAAUGGCCUAUCCCUUCAUGGCUUUCGCGUUAUUUCGCAACAACGUGUUGCCGACUUCCCGCAGGGACCCUGCCGGCCGGUUGCUCUCUCUUCCCCGACCUGGUCUUUUCGACUUGUCUUAG